AACACAGCUGAGCGCCAUCAGGUGGCGCUUUCUUGUCAAGGAGGCGGAACCGUUUCCCGCUGCUUUCCCCGCUCAAAUCACGUUCCCGCGCUUGGGAGGAAGACCCGGCGCGGGUAGGAGGAAGCGAGAUGUCAAAGAAAAGAGGUCUGAGCAUUGAAGAGAAGAGAACUCGGAUGAUGGAAAUCUUUUUUGAAACGAAAGAUGUAUUCCAGUUAAAGGAUAUUGAGAAAAUCGCUUCCAAAGAGAAAGGAAUAACGGCUAUGUCAGUGAAGGAUAUCUUACAAAGCUUAGUUGAUGAUGGUAUGGUAGACACUGAUAGGAUUGGAACUUCGAAUUAUUUUUGGGCUUUCCCAAGUAAAGCAUUGCACACAAGAAAAUGUAAAAUGGAAGAACUGCAGAAUCAGUUCUCAGAAUAUUGUCAGAAGAAAAAGAAUUUAGAGGAAAGCAUCAAGCAAUCAAAAAUUGGGCGGCAAGAUACUGCAGAACGUGCAGCACUAAUAAAGGAACUUAGUGCCUUACGACAGAAGAAAGACCAACUAAAGACAGAAGUAGAUAAAUAUAAAGAAUGCGAUCCAGAUAUUGUUGAAGAAAUCCGUCAAGGAAAUAAAAUAGCUAAGGAAGCAGCCAACAGAUGGACUGAUAAUAUCUUUGCUGUAAAAUCUUGGGCUAAACAGAAGUUUGGAUUUGAAGAAAGCAAAAUUGACAAAACAUUUGGUAUACCAGAAGACUUUGACUAUAUUGAUUAAAAGUGUUUAAAAAGGAUGCCACAUAAUUUAAUAUUGUUCAAGAUGUUUUAUUUUAAAAUUUAUUUCAUUACCCAUCAUUACUUGUAUUGAAGUUAAUA